AUGCCGGACAGGUUUACCCGCCCACCGUUCAAUUUCUAUGACAAGAAAACUGACCCAGUAGAGCACGUCAGUCAUUAUAUUCAGAUAAUGUCUCUACAUACUCAUAAUGACGCACUGAUGUGCAAGGUGUUUCCUUCGAGUUUGGGACCAACUGCUUUGAGGUGGUUUAAUGGGUUACGGAAAGGAUCCAUAUGUAGUUUUUCAGAGCUAAUUCAGGAGUUCAGCAUUCGGUUUGUGACCUGCAGCCGAGUACCUCAACCGGUAGAUGCGCUUUUGUCCAUAAAAAUGAGGGCGGGAGAGACCCUCCGUAGUUAUGCCAGCCGAUAUUGGGAGCUAUACAAUGAGAUAGACGGGAAUAAUGAAAGGGUCGCAGCAAGCACUUUUAGGAUAGGGUUGCCCAAGAACUUCGGGUUACGAGAGUCAUUGACCAAGAAGCCUCCUGAAGGCAUGAGGCAGCUUAUGAGACGCAUUGAGGAAUAUAAACGAUUAAAGGAUGACCGGCUGCAAAGUAAAGGCAAAGCACCAAUGAUGAAUCGUACUCGGUAA